GUCUCUAUCAAUGUGUAAUGUAACUGAAAGGAUUCGCCAAAUUGUUAAAGAUCAAGCAAGUCAGAAAAACAUGGAGCUCAUUUCUCUUAUUUUAUUAAUCACGUUAACUUCCGGGGUUAUUCCAGAAGAAUGCAAUUGCGGUCCAAAUGGAACUUGCUCUAUUGAUGACAACGCACAGAAAAACUGCAUUUGUAAUGAAAAGUUCAUAGAGUUUGAAGGAGAAUGUAAAGAGUGCUAUUGUGGAAACUCUUCUUCGUGCUUUCUGGAUGAAAACGGAGCCAAAGAAUGCAUAUGUGAAGAUGGCUACACAGAAGUUGAUGGAAUAUGCAAAGUUAAAGAAUGCGACUGUGGACCUAAUUCCUCAUGCUCUCUUGAUGAAAAUGGAGGAAAGGAAUGUAUUUGUGAUAAUGGACAUGUAGAUUUUAAAGGAAAAUGCACAGAGUGCUAUUGUGGACCCAAGUCAACAUGCUUAUUUGAUGAAAAUGGCACAAAAGAAUGCAUUUGUGAGGACGGCUUUAUAGAUGUCAGUGGAAUGUGCAAAGAUAUUGAAUGUGAUUGUGGACCCAAUUCACUAUGUUCCUAUGAUGAACAUGGAGAGAAGCAAUGUAUGUGUAAAGACGGCUACAGAAAUAUUAAUGGAAAAUGCACAGAAUGCUAUUGCGGGCACAAUUCUACCUGUUUCUUCGAUGAAAAUGGCGUUAAGAAAUGUGUUUGUCAAGAUGGUUUCGUGGAUUUUAAUGGCAAAUGCACAGAAUGCUACUGUGGGUCCAAUUCUACAUGUUCUUUUGAUCAGAACGGAGUAAAACAAUGUAUUUGUGAUGAUGGGUAUAAAAGAUUUAAUGGAAUAUGCACAGAAUGUUACUGUGGAUCCAGUUCGACAUGUGCUUUUGAUGACAACGGAACAAAACAAUGUAUCUGUGAUGAUGGCUUCAAACAUCUUAAUGGAUUAUGCGAAGAAUGCAAUUGUGGAUCCAAUUCUACAUGUUCGUUUGAUGAUAACGGAGCAAAACAAUGUAUUUGUAAUGAGAGAUACAAAAGUUUUAAUGGAUCUUGCAUAGAAUGCUACUGUGGAUCUAAUUCUACAUGUUCGUUUGAUGAAAGCGGAGUAAAACGAUGUAUCUGCGACGAUGACUACAAAAAUCUUAAUGGAUUAUGCGUAGAAUGCUAUUGUGGGUCCAAUUCUACAUGUUCUUUUGAUGACAGAGGAGCAAAACAAUGUAUUUGUAAUGAUGGCUACACGAAUAAUAAUGGAAUGUGUGCAGAAUGCGACUGUGGACGUAAUACAACGUGCUUCUUUGAUGAAAAUGGAGCUAAAGUAUGCCUUUGUAGCGAUGGCUAUAGAGAUGUUAACGGAAAGUGCAUAGAAUGCUACUGUGGAGAAAAUGCAACGUGUUUUUUCAACGACUACGGAACCAAGAAAUGCAUUUGUGAUGAAGACCAUAUGGAAGUCAAUGGAAAAUGCAUAGUUUUAGAUUCAUGUGAACUGAAACUAUGCAAGAAUGGAGGAACCUGCGUUGUUAAAGGAGGCAAAACUGCUUGUCAUUGUCAAAGGGCUUACACUGGAGAUAAAUGCGAAACAGAAUGCUAUUGUGGACUGAAUACAACAUGCUUCUUUGAUGAAAACGGAACAAAGAAAUGCAAAUGUCAGUACGGCUUCACGGAUGUUAAUGGAAAAUGCAUAGAAUGCUCCUGUGGAGGAAAUUCAACGUGUUUCUUCGAUGAAUAUGGAACAAGGAAAUGUGUAUGCGAAGACGGCUACAUAAAUGUUAAUGAAAAAUGCACAGCUAUAUGCAAUCCUAAUCCUUGCGUGCACGGUGUAUGCAAAAUGAUUGACGAACAAGGAUUUUCAUGCAGUUGCGAAGAACCUUAUAAAGGUGUUUAUUGCAAUAUUACAAAUGGAACGAUGCACUCAGCAAACGGCAUUUAUACCACCAUAGUAGCUGUGCUUGGAGCAGUAAAUGCAGUCCUCUUUGUUGUUCUUUUUAUUUGUGGAUACCUCAUGUUUCGAAAAAAAUCAAAAUCUGAAGGGCAUGAUUAUAUACUACCUCCAGAAAGCGAUAUUCUUCCUGAUACGCAUCUAGACAGACGACAGCAGCUUAAGUGGGUAAAUGACAUCGAACUUCGACGCAGUGACUCAAUGCAUUUGCCAGAGAGAAAAGACAGUGUAGAUUUGCAGCUGGAUUUCGCAGGUUAUGCUAAUGCGAUUCCAGGUGUUAAAAUUUCCCAAAAUGAUAGUAAAGAAGAACAGCAUAUUCGUCGAUCUCGCAGAAAAGGUCGUGUCAUUACUGGCCUGGACAAGAACAGGUAAACGCAAGGAAAACGAACUGAGUCGUUUGGAACAACAACACAUCUAGCGAAGAGGUUCGUGGCAAAGGACCUUGUCAUCAUUCUCCCAAAUCUCCUUCCCAUUAUUUGAAAAAGACAGAAGCAUCGCAUUGGAAGCAUUGUGAAAGAAAAGUAUUUUAAGGUGAAUAAGACUUUCCGAGUUAAGAUAUCAGAAAAAUCAUUGCAUAUUUUAGGAAGACAAAUUUCUGAACAAUGACUUGAAACUAUUGAGACCAUUUUCCAAAUGAAACAAGCAGACUGUUGGAAGUGGGAACUAUAAUUUUGGUAGAUAUUAGGUCGUGAUCAUUAAUUCAUUUCGAUAGAAAUUUAAAAUUUUUGCAUCUCGUUAUUUGAAUGUGCAUAUAUAUAUGUAAAUUAUACCAAUUUUAGAUAUAUUAAAAUUUAAUCAUUUCCUGU